AUGGCGCCCCUCAUCACCAACAUCUUCACGGCCGACCCGUCGGCCCACGUCUUCGAGGGCAAGCUCUUCAUAUACCCGUCGCACGAUCGCGAGACGGACAUCAAGUUCAACGACGACGGCGACCAGUACGACAUGGUCGACUACCACGUAUUCAGCACCGAGUCGCUGGACCCGGCCGCCCCCGUGACCGACCACGGCGUCGUGCUCCGGGCCGAAGACGUCCCCUGGGUGUCCAAGCAGCUCUGGGCCCCCGACGCCGCCUACAAGGACGGCAGGUACUACCUCUACUUCCCCGCCCGCGACAAGCAGGGCGUCUUCCGCAUCGGCGUCGCCGUCGGCGACCGCCCCGAGGGCCCCUUCACCCCCGACCCGGAGCCCAUCCGGGACAGCUACAGCAUCGACCCGGCCGUCUUCGUCGACGACGACGGCCGGGCCUACAUGUACUUUGGCGGGCUCUGGGGCGGCCAGCUGCAGUGCUACCAGAAGGGCAACGGCAUCUUCGACCCCGAGUGGCUGGGGCCCAGGGAGCCCUCGGGCGAGGGCGUCCGGGCGCUGGGGCCGCGCGUCGCCCGGCUGGCGGACGACAUGCGCCAGUUCGCCAGCGAGGUGAAGGAGAUUUCGAUCCUGGCGCCCGAGACGGGCGAGCCGAUCGCGGCCGACGACCACGACCGCCGCUUCUUCGAGGCCGCCUGGAUGCACAAGUACGACGGCAAGUACUACUUCAGCUACUCCACCGGCGACACCCACUACCUCGUCUACGCCGUCGGCGACAGCCCCUACGGGCCCUUCACCUACGCCGGCCGCAUCCUCGAGCCCGUCCUCGGCUGGACCACGCACCACUCCAUCGUCGAGUUCCACGGCCGCUGGUGGCUCUUCCACCACGACUGCGAGCUCAGCGGCGGAGUCGACCACCUGCGCUCCGUCAAGGUCAAGGAGAUCUUCUACGACAAGGACGGCAAGAUUGUCACUGAAAAGCCCGAAUAG